AUGACGACUUCUCAACGAACUCAGAAGGACCUCUAUGUCGGUACUGAUAAGCACCGGUGGUGGAAAGAGGCGGUGGUUUACCAGGUCUACCCUGCAUCCUUCAAAGAUACAAAUGGCGAUGGCUGGGGCGACGUGCCUGGUAUUACAGAGAAGCUUGAUUACCUGAAGGAUCUGGGAGUGGACAUCAUCUGGGUAUCGCCAAUCUACAAGAGCCCCCAGGCGGACAUGGGCUACGACAUCGCCGACUAUGAAGACAUAGAUCCAAGCUAUGGCACGUUGCAAGAUGUCGACAAUCUGAUCAAAGAAAUCAAGAAGCGUGACAUGAAGCUAGUUAUGGAUCUGGUCGUCAAUCACACAUCUGAAGAGCAUGCCUGGUUCCUCGAUUCGCGAUCUUCAAAAGAGUCUUCGAAGCGAGACUGGUAUAUCUGGAAGCCAGCAAAGUAUGACGCGGAGGGAAAUCGUCAGCCGCCAAACAACUGGGCUCAGAUUCUGGGUGAAGCCAACUCUGCGUGGACCUGGGAUGAAAAGACCCAGGAAUACUACCUUUCGCUCUUUACGCCCGAGCAACCAGAUUUGAACUGGGAAAACCCUGCGGUAAGGGAAGCUGUACAUGACGUGCUGCGUUUCUGGCUCGACCGUGGUGUCUCUGGGUUCCGCAUGGAUGUAAUCAACCUGAUCUCGAAAGUGCAGUCCUUUGACGACGCCGAAAUCACAGUCAAAGAAAACAAGUAUCAGCCUGGCGCUAAGCUUUACGCAAACGGACCUCGGUUGCACGAGUUCCUCAAGGACAUCAACCGCAAGGUUCUGUCCAAAUACGACACUUUUACGGUAGGCGAAAUGCCGUUUGUCCGGGACGAGGACGAGAUUAUCCAGAUUGUCGGAGCCCAUAACGAGGAACUCAACAUGAUUUUCGCCUUCGAUAUUGUGGAUAUCGACAACGUGCCCGGCGACUUCAAGUACACGCUCCACCCCUGGGACUCCCGCGAUCUGAAAAAAAUAAUCAAUCGCCUGCAACGCCUCAUGCUCGAACGAGAUGGUUGGAACUCACUUUUCAUUGAGAAUCAUGACCAGCCCCGCAGCGUCAGCAGGUAUACAGACGACAGCGAUGAAUUUCGCGAAUAUGGCGCUAAGCUACUUUGCUUGAUGCAGACUACACUCGCUGGUACUGUGUUCGUAUACCAGGGCGAGGAGAUCGGUAUGCGAAACGUACCCCCAAGCUGGGAGCCAUCAGAGUACAAAGAUAUCGAAAGUAUCAACUUCUUCAAGAAAUACCGAGACAUGUACCCCGGCGACGAAAAAAAGCAGGCCCUAGCGCGCGAGAUCAUGCAAAGGAAAGCCCGCGACCAUGCUCGAACACCUGUUCAAUGGACGAGCGAGGCUCAUGCGGGCUUUACGUCUGCGGGUACUGAGCCCUGGAUGCGCGUCAACGACGACUACAAAACUGUCAAUGCCAAGGCUCAGCUUGACAAUGCGAACCCGUCUCCAGGCACACUCUCUGUUCACGCUUUUUGGAAGCGCGGUCUUGAGUGCCGCAAGGAAAACAAAGACGUCUUCGUGUACGGCGACUUUGAACUGCUGGACCCAGAAGAUAAGAACGUCGUUGCGUACAGGCGUUGGAGCGAGAAAAAUGCAUUCGUCACAGUGCUCAACAUGAGUGGCGAGCAGCUUACUUGGGACAAACUGGGUGACCUAAAGGUCAAGAAGUGGGUUGCUGGCAAUUACGACGAACGUGGGAUUGACAACAAGGCAAAGAGUGGGAAGCUCGAACUGAGACCUUGGGAGGCGCUCUUGGGUAUGCUCGAGUAG